UGACUGCAAACACAGUCUAACAAAGCUAACUGUACAGGUUCUGUCAGACUUCAGGAUCGCAGGGAAGCAUCCACAUGGUCUUCUGAGCUGAGUGCAAGGACCAAUCAUAUAGCUUCAAAAGACAAGAUGGAGCAGAUGAAGAAUCUGACCUCCUCUAACAUGAAAAACAAUGAAGUGGCAGCUCUGGCUACCAAACUGGAAAACCUUGCCCAGAAUACCCCUCUCCGCUUUAGUUCUGAAGCAAUGAGGCCUCCAACCAAAAGCAACUCUAGAUUUGGAAACUUCAGCCAGCACUCCUUCUUUUCUAGACACAACCCACACCCACAUCGUGUAACCCACAUUCAAGGCCUUAAUGGAAACCCUGUGUGCAUUGUCAAUGAUGAAUGGUCUAUCACAUCUCCACUGUUUCCUCAUCCCAUGGUUAAAAGUCAGUUACUCACCAAUAUCUUUGGAGUGACCUGUAGCAUGCCUAUUGGGGAUCCUCAUGGGAACAAGCACCCAUACCUUGGAGCUGGUUCUGUCUCUGAAGCAUGGCGCGAGGAGCUGAGAGAGCUAGCUGCUAAAGUCUGCACUUCUGACAAACCACCAGUGAAGAAAGAGGUAGAAGAGCCACGUAGAUCCACACUAUAUUCAGCUGAAACAGGGCGCAUAAUUCCACCAUCAUCACGUGCAAUGACCCGCCAAGGAUCACGCAAAGCAAACAGAAACAGCAUCAACAAAUCAAAAAAUUCAGCCACAUUAUUUCAAGACCAGGAACUGCUGAUCUUAGAGCUGCUAAGCCAAAUUCUGCAAACAGAUUCUCUCACUGCAAUCCAACAAUGGCUCCUGUCCGCUGGACAGAAAGAAAAAGAUCUAGUAAUGGGCAUGAUUCAAACAGCAACUGCCAAUAUGCAGCCAGAUUCACAGACAUUUGGUAAAUCUAUGGGGGACCGGCUCCAUUCUCAGGCAGGCCUUGGAUUGCUGUCAAGAGACGAGUAUCACCAGAUGAAAAAUAUGAACAGAUCCAGCAACAAAGAGAAACAGGAACCUAUCCCAGAAGAAGAUAAACCAGAGCAUAUGGGUGCUGCAGAGGUGCUCCAGAUAAACCCAUCAUACAAUGAUAACAAGAGUAAGACUGGCUCAGCUGAAUAAUCUGCAUUUUAUAUUGCACCUGGAUAAACUACAUCCUGCCAACCCAGCCAGACAGCCCAUUGGAUGUGAUAAUUUUAAAUUGCCUGACAACUCUCCUUUAUGUCGGAUGCUCUAUUUUACCCAGCAGUAUCUCAACAAUACAUUAAAUGGCAGGCUAUCCAAAGAAGUGAUAACUCAUACUCACUGAGUUUUGGACAUGAAAUAAAAUAUUUAACUCUUGCUUUACAGUA